AUCACGACGCAGCUCGCCAUUCAAUGGCAGAACCCGAGUAACAUCCUCCUUCUGCUAUUCGUACUUGGCGGAGACAUUGUCCAGCACGCCAUUGCCCAACUCUUUGGAGUCUACGUUCAGCCCUCCCAAAACUGGCCCAGACUGUACCUCACGCCCGUUGCAUUCUCGUUUGGCUGGGUUGGUUACGCUUUCAAGUCAUUGGCGUCGGUGCUGGGCGACAAACAGCUUAUGCCAUCAGAACCGGACUGCCCUUCCUCAGUCAUCAACUGCUCCUCUGGAUAUGGCCGGAACAAUCACUCUUGGAUACUCGGACGAAUUCUCCGUGACCAUGAGCUGGCGGUGGAGGAAAACCCUGGGCCUGAAUAUGCAAACUUGGAUGCUACCGGGAAGACGGUGUCUCUUCGCAUAGAUAUAUUUAAGAUGCAGGAGAAUGAGAAGCCUCAGAUUGACCGAGUCUGGGUCCUGGGAUGGCUGGCCAUUGUCGCCCAGCUCGAAAUAUCCAUGAUACCAUGGAUCCAAGACGGUGACUGGAGCAUCUUUCUCAUCACCGCCUGUGGUACCAUCUUUGCGCUCCUGACGGGGAGCCUGCGGCAGUGGAAUCUCGAGAAAUGGGCUGGCCGUCGACUGAACAAGCCCGAGAGCACUGAGAAGAAAGACAAGAACAAGGUCGUGUGCCUGACGCGCGGCAACGGCCACCGGCACGCCAUGGUCUUUGUCGGCAACGGCACUGCCUGGGAUCUCGAGUCGUUGGCAACCGCCUCGUCCGCGCCACUGGCCGAGACGCCCUGGCUGCUGGGAAUCCUCGCCGUGCUCUGGGGGUUUCUGUUUGUUGUUGUCUCCGGGCUGCAGCAGAAUACGUGGUUCCUGGUGCUCAUUGGCGGCAUUGGCAUGAUUCAGAACAUCUACGCCAGCGUCGCGAGGAGACCAGCCAGCGCCUUCAAUAUAAGCAUCGAA